CGCUGGGUGUGACUUCGUAGUUAGCGAUGAAGAACUGGAUUAGACUCGUUGCAGCUUUUGAUAUCCCCACACAUCGCCACGGAGAUAACGAUCGUACGGCAAACAGGAAGACAUACUUCUCAUUUCAUUCAUGGGGCUUAUUGCAUCAGUGCUCAACUAUCUUGAGGAUAUGGAUCCAAGACUUGGAGCUGGAUCAGAUCCGGGAGGCAUGGCAAAAGUGGCGAAUAAAGUUUGCUUGAUCGUUAUUGACGGCUGGGGUUUGUCUGAGGAAUCCGACGGCAAUGCCAUCAAGAAUGCUAACACACCUGUCAUGGAUGGGCUCUGCUCUGGUAAUUGGACCCAGAUAGAAGCGCAUGGUCUCCAUGUUGGCCUUCCUGAAGGACUUAUGGGUAACUCUGAGGUCGGCCAUCUCAAUAUCGGUUCGGGUCGUCCAAUCUAUCAGGACAUCGUGCGCAUCAAUCUUUCCAUCAAAGACAACACUCUUGUGAAAAACGAGGCUUUAGUAAAUGCCUGCAAUCGUGCCAAGUCCGGAAACGGUCGUCUUCAUCUUGCUGGGUUGGUUUCUGAUGGAGGAGUUCACUCGCAUAUCGAUCAUCUGUUUGCUCUGAUCAAGGCUAUCAAGCAACUUGGAGUACCCCAAUUGUAUCUCCAUUUUUACGGUGACGGUCGCGACACCUCUCCUACAAGCGGAGUAGGUUUUCUGGAGCAAACCAUAGCGUUCAUAAAAGAACAACAGUACUGCGAAUUGGCUACUAUUGUUGGGCGAUACUACGCUAUGGAUCGUGAUAAGCGAUGGGAGCGAAUUUGUGUUGCAUAUGAAGCAAUGAUUGCAGGGAAAGGCGAAGCUACCACUGUUGAAGAGGCCCCAGCAGUUGUACGAAAACGCUACGAAGCACAGGAGACUGAUGAAUUCUUGAAACCAAUCAUUCUCAAUGGAGAUAAAGCGCGAGUCAAGGACGGUGAUACUCUGAUCUUCUUCGACUACCGAGCCGAUAGAAUGAGGGAAAUAUCCGAGGUUAUGGGCAUGGAAGGAUAUAAAAAUUGCAAGUCCUCGCUGCCACAUCCAAAAGAUGUGCAGGUGAUUGGAAUGACACAAUAUAAGAAAGAGUUUCCUUUUCCCACACUAUUCCCUCCACUGGUUAACAAGAACGUGUUGGCGGAAUGGCUUGCAUCACAGGGUUUGACACAGUUCCACUGUGCCGAAACCGAAAAGUAUGCGCACGUGACGUUCUUCUUCAACGGUGGAGUUGAGAAGCAAUUCGAAAACGAGGAGAGAUGCAUGGUCCCAAGUCCUAAGGUUGCGACUUACGAUCUCCAGCCAGAAAUGUCUUCAGCUGGUGUUGCUGACAAGAUGGUUGAGCAAUUGAAUGCGAAGAAGCAUCCAUUUGUUAUGUGCAAUUUCGCCCCUCCCGACAUGGUUGGCCAUACUGGAGUAUACGAAGCUGCAGUCAAAGCAUGUGAAGCUACUGACAAAGCAAUUGGAAGGAUCUUUGAAGCUUGCAAGCAAAAUGGCUAUGUAUUGAUGGUGACAGCCGAUCAUGGCAAUGCCGAGAAGAUGAAGGCUCCUGAUGGUAGCAAGCACACUGCCCAUACGUGCAACCGUGUGCCUUUCACUUGUAGCAGCAAUGAAUUCAAAUUCAAGAAGCUAACCGAUCGAGCCCCUGCUCUCUGCGAUGUGGCACCAACUGUCCUGGCUGUUAUGGGGUUGCCAAAGCCUGCUGAAAUGAGCGGAGUUUCUCUCGUUGAUAAGGCAUGAAUGAGCUUCGUACCCUAUAUACGGUUGUACUAACUCUUAGUCAAAGCACUGUUGAAGUAUCUCUCAGUCGUUAUUAGGUUACUGUUUUCUCCUCAUGUUGGUAGAAAAUUAGACCAGAUUCGUGCGUGUUAUGUGACCUUUAAAUUUCUUCGUUUCAUUUCUAGAAUAUCUAUGCUCAUAAUGAGUUAAUAAUGUGCAUGUAUAGUGGUACCUAGAUUAGGGAAGCCGUCUGUAAAGGGAGAUUGAAUACUUGGUUACUCGAUACAGUAUCCGAUAAACGGCUGUGUUUU